AUGGCCCAGAGUAACUGCACCCAAGUGACAGAAUUUAUUCUCAUGGGCCUCACAGAUCAACAGGAGUUGAAGAUGCCACUCUUUGUGGUUUUCUUAUCUAUCUACCUUUUCACAGUAGUAGGCAACCUAGGUUUGAUCCUAGUCAUUAGAACAGACUCAAGACUCAACAUACCAAUGUACUUCUUUCUUAGCAACCUAGCUUUUGUUGAUUUCUGUUACUCUUCUGUCAUUACACCCAAAAUGCUUGGAAAUUUCUUAUACAAACAAAAUGUUAUCUCCUUCAAUGCAUGCGCUGCUCAGUUAGGCUGUUUCCUGGCCUUCAUGACCGCUGAGUGCUUGCUGCUGGCUUCCAUGGCCUAUGACCGAUAUGUGGCCAUUUGUAAUCCUCUCCUCUACAUGGUUGUAAUGUCCCCAGGAAUCUGCAUUCAGCUUGUGGCCAUCCCCUACAGCUAUAGCUUUCUGGUUGCACUGUUUCAUACCAUCCUUACCUUUCGUCUCUCCUACUGUCACUCCAAUAUCAUCAAUCAUUUCUAUUGUGAUGACAUGCCUCUCCUCAGGCUAACCUGCUCAGACACUCACUCCAAACAGCUUUGGAUCUUUGCCUGUGCUGGGAUCAUGUUCAUUUCUUCCCUUCUAGUUGUCUUUGUCUCCUACAUGUUUAUUAUUUCUGCCAUCCUGAGGAUGCGUUCAGCUGAGGGCAGGCGCAAGGCUUUCUCCACAUGUGGCUCUCAUGUGUUAGCUGUCACCAUAUUCUAUGGGACCCUCAUCUUUAUGUACUUACAGCCAAGCUCAAACCAUUCCCUAGACACAGACAAAAUGGCCUCUGUCUUCUACACAGUGAUCAUUCCCAUGUUGAACCCCUUAAUCUACAGUCUCAGGAACAAGGAAGUGAAAGAUGCCCUGAAGAAAGUUAUCAUCAGUAGAAACCAGGCUUUUAAAAUGUUCAUGAAAUUGAGGACGUGA